AUGCUGCUGCUGCCAUUUCAACUGUUAGCUGUUCUCUUUCCCGGUGGUGACAGUGAACGAGCCUUCCAGGGGCCGACCUCCUUUCAUGUCAUCCAGACCUCAUCCUUUACCAACAGUACCUGGGCACAAACUCAAGGCUCAGGCUGGUUGGAUGAUUUGCAGAUUCACGGCUGGGAUAGUGACUCAGGCACUGCCAUACUCCUGAAGCCUUGGUCUAAAGGUAACUUUAGUGAUAAGGAGUUUGCCGAGUUAGAGGAGAUAUUCCGAGUCUACAUCUUUGGAUUCGCUCAAGAAGUACAAGACUUUGCCGGUGAUUUCCAGAUACAAUACCCCUUUGAGAUCCAGGGAAUAGCAGGCUGUGAGCUACAUUCUGGAGGUGCCAUAGUAAGCUUCCUGAGGGGAGCUCUAAGAGGACUGGAUUUCCUAAGUGUCAAGAAUGCUUCAUGUGUGCCUUCCCCAGAAGGUGGCAGCAAGGCACAGAAGGUCUGUGCACUAAUCAUGCAAUAUCAAGGUAUCAUGGAAACUGUGAGAAUUCUCCUCUAUGAAACCUGCCCCCGAUAUCUCUUGGGCGUCCUCAAUGCAGGAAAAGCAGAUCUGCAAAGACAAGUGAAGCCCGAGGCCUGGCUGUCCAGUGGCCCCAGUCCUGGACCUGGCCGUCUGCAGCUUGUGUGCCAUGUCUCAGGAUUCUACCCAAAGCCUGUGUGGGUGAUGUGGAUGCAGGAUGAGCAGGAGCAGCGGGGCACUCAGCUAGGGGACAUCCUGCCCAAUGCUAACUGGACAUGGUAUCUCCGAGCAACCCUGGAUGUGGCAGCUGGGGAGGCAGCUGGCCUAUCCUGUCGAGUGAAGCACAGCAGUUUAGAGGGCCAGGACAUCGUCCUCUACUGGAGAAACCCCACCUCCACUGGCUCGAUUGUUUUGGCAAUAAUGGUGCCUUCCUUGCUCCUCUUGCUAUGCCUUGCAUUGUGGUAUAUGAGGCGCCGGUCAUAUCAGAAUAUCCCAUGA